AUAAGGACCUGCAGAUCAAACUUCACCAACAUGUCGGAAGGAGCUGCAGGGGAGGCGCUCAGAGUGUUUGUCAAAGAAGGAAAGGUUCUGCUGGAGCUCGCCGAGCAGGAGAGCAGGGAAGGCGCCGUGCAGGACUUCAUCCGUCAGAAGAUCAGCAUCGAGCGGAGAGAGUCCCUGCUGGGGCUGAUCGAGGCUGCUGCACGGCUCUACAGGAGGUCCUUAAACACUGACUAUAUUCAGAUCAUACAGGAAGUACAGCUUCAUGGAUGUCUAAGCGUUCACUGUUCGUUGUUCCACAGUCUGUCAGUGAAGAGGAUACAGGAUGCAGAGGACUUCUGGAGGAGAAACACCCACUGUGCAGCUCUACAGGACGCCCUGCAGGACCUCCAGCAGCUCCAGGUUCAGUGGGAUGCGUUCCUGCAGCGUCUGGAUGCAGAGGCAAAGCUCGGCACUGAAGCUCUGCACAGAGACCAGCAGCUGAAGCAUGUUCCUGCAGAAACUCGGCUCAGAGACGCCAGGACGGGACGAGCAGUGACGUUGCAGCAGUAUCUUGGUGGAGGGAAGAAGAUCCUGCUGGUGUUGAUCCGUCAGUUCUCCUGUCUCCUCUGCAGACUGCACCUCCAACACCUGCAGGACCACCAGAGCACGCUGGAUGCACACUCAGUGAAAGUGGUGGUGGUCUCGUUCGGCUGUGAGGGGGGGGCUUCACACUGGCUGCAGGAGACGGGCUGCCAGUAUGACUUGCUGUUAGACCCUGAGAGGAAGUUGUACGCUGCGUUCGGGCUGGGGGCGUCUGUGUGGAAGGUUUUAAACUUCAGCAACAUGCUGCUGUACGCUGAGUACGUGGUAAACAGCCUGCCGUUUCCCCGAGGACUCCCAAACAUCCAGGAGGACAUGUUCCAGCUGGGAGGCGACUUUGUUGUGGAUGAACAUGGGGGGGUGCUGUUCUCUCACUGCUGUCAGAGUCCCACAGACAGACCCCCCCUGCAGGACAUCAUAUCUGCACUGUGAAAUAACACUUUACAUUUUCCUCUCAAAUCAAUUAAAUACCGUUUGGACA